CAACGUGUAAACUAAAGGAAAAUUAAAACUAAAUACGCAGAAUAAAAAAGCAAACGCAGCUUAUAGAUGAUAAUUUCCUGGCGUGAGGGACAAUGAGCAAGACAUUAGAUAAAACAUCUCUGUCAGAGGCCUUCAUACAGUUCCAGAUUCAGGUUAAAAAGAAAGAGAUUCAAGAAUUUGAGGAAGAAGUAUCCCAACUAGAAGAUAAAAAGCAAAACCUGAUAAAUCUGCAGGAGCAGCUGAAAGAAGAGCAAAGACGUCAUGAGCGUGAUCUGCAGAAACAGAUGAAGGAGCACGAGAGGAACCUGGAGCAAAGGCAGCGGGAAGAUGAAGAGCAGGUGAAGCAGGUGGCCCAAGAGAACCUGGAGCUAAAACACAAGCAAGAGAAAGAACUAGAAGAACUCCGUUGUAAGCUUGCAAGUCUGCAGGUGCAAGUGAAGGAACUGCAGGUAGAACGGGAGACAUGGCUACAGUAUAAGAACGAGGGCAGCAUUAAAGACCAUCAAAAGAUAGAAAAACUGGAAAAAGAUAUUGCCUUAACACAAAGGAUUUUUCAGGAGAUAUCAGAAUAUUUUCAGAGAUCUCUGGUUGUGGCCAAAGAUGAAAGCGAGCAAAAGGUAGCACAGAGUGUAAAGGAUGGAAUUCAGCUUGCCUUUAAGAAAGCAAAUGAAAACCUUGAUAAUGAGAGUAAACUGGAGAUUAAAGAAAUGCAGUUCCUGAAAAAACAGGUUCCCCUUUAUAAAGAGAAGGUUGCAGAGUUGGAAUCCACCGUCCAGAAGUUAGAAGAGGAGGUCUUGGAUCUUGUUUCCCUCAUCCCAGAGCUGGUCAACAGACCCCCGUAUUCCCUCCAGCCAUUAGCAGAAGUUGAAGGCGCUCAACAGAAAAGUGAUGCGACCACCUCGACUUCCUCCACCCCUCCUGACUUUAGCGAGAUGUUCAACAGUCAGAUUGGUUUCACGGGACCCAUGCAUCUGGGCCGGCUGGAGCAGAAGUUGCUGUGCGUGAUAGGUAAAGCAUACCCCCUGCAUCCACCGCCGAAUGACCCCGCAGACAUGGGCGAGAUGACGACCUUUGAUCUGCUGCAAACUGAAAGGUGGCCGGUUACAACAGAUAUCAUUCAUAGAAAGUUUAAAGAGUCAGAUUCACAGUCUGAAGAAGCUGAUGAAUCUAUCAAUGACACAUUUGAAAUUCAGCAAUUGUUGGAUGAGAAUUAA